AUGGCUACCAAUCAGCAGUACGCUUUUUCACAACAAUAUUAUCAUCAAAAUCCUUUGAAUCCUUAUUAUAGUGAUUACAAUCAAUAUUAUAGAUCAACAAAUCCUACUCAUUUUAAUACAGAAAGAACAUUUCUCAACUAUCCAGUAAAUGGGUAUGGACAUGGGUAUGGACAGCCGAUUUAUUCCUCCAAUGUGACGCAUCUUCCAAUGAUAGCCUAUAAUAAACAACAACCACAAUCUGCCUAUGCGGAUUAUUAUGGUCAAUAUCCGAUUCAUCAGCCAAGAUAUGAACAAAAACGAAAAAAAAGAUAUCGUAAAAAAUCUCGUAGACAUGAUUACAAUAAUCAAGAUUAUAAUGAUCACUAUCAUACCCACCGUGAACGACAAGAUCAUGAUUUUAGCGUAACUGAUUUGACUGAAUAUAGUUCACCAUCAAUUGCUUCUGAUCAACUCACAAAAAUUAUUUUUAUUGACCAAGCGAGAAUACAUGAUCGUACAUAA